AGUGGGUGCCUUUGUUCAGCUUCUGUUCUGGGUGUCUGGUGGCAGGUGCAGCCUUGCUGCGUGGGGCACGCUGCAAUCUAUUUCGGUAUUACCGGGAAGCCUGUGCCCAGGCCCGCCCCGGCCAGGGGCUGUGGCGGCCACCGCGUGACCCUGGGCAUGUCCUGAAGCUCUGCCACUUGUACAGCUGGGCCUGGCCCAGAGCGGGAGCUGGGGACCUUGUGGAAGAGGCUGCUACCCAUGGGGACGCCCGGGGGAGGGACAGUGUCCGAGCCCCCGGCUGCACACAGCCCCCCGGAGAAGCCGCCCAGCUCGGCCAUCCUGUGCAGCACGUGUGGGAGCGUGUGCAAGGGCGAGGUGCUGCGUGUGCAGAGCCGCUACUUUCACAUCAAGUGCUUCGUCUGCAAAGCAUGCGGCUGCGACCUGGCUGAGGGCGGCUUCUUCGUGCGCCAGGGAGAGUACAUCUGCAGACUUGAUUACCAGCGCCUCUAUGGAACCCGCUGCUUCCGCUGCGACCAGUUCAUCGAAGGCGAGGUGGUGUCGGCGCUGGGCAAGACUUACCACCCCGACUGCUUCGUCUGUGCUGUGUGCAGGCUGCCCUUCCCACCCGGGGACCGUGUGACCUUCAACGGCAAGGAAUGCGUGUGCCAGAAGUGUUCCCUGCCCACGUUAGGGGGUGGCAGCGUGCACUCCACCCAGGGCCUCCGCAGUUGUGGGGGCUGCGGGGUGGAGAUCAAAAACGGCCAGGCCCUGGUGGCCUUGGACAAACACUGGCAUCUGGGCUGUUUCAAAUGCAAGACCUGCGGGAAGCUCCUGACGGCUGAAUACAUCAGCAAGGACGGGCUGCCCUACUGCGAAGCUGACUACCAUGGCGAGUUCGGCAUCCGCUGCGACGGCUGCGAGAAGUACAUCACAGGCCGUGUGCUGGAGGCAGGAGAGAAGCACUACCACCCUGCGUGUGCGCUAUGUGUCAGGUGCGGCCAGAUGUUCGCGGAGGGCGAGGAGAUGUAUCUGCAAGGUUCCUCCAUCUGGCAUCCGGCGUGCCGACAGGCAGCCAGGACUGAGGACAAGAACAAGGAGACCAGAACCUCAUCGGAAAGCAUCAUUUCUGUCCCAGCCUCCAGCACCUCGGGGUCUCCGAGCCGUGUGAUUUAUGCAAAGCUUGGCGAUGAGAUCCUGGACUACAGGGACUUGGCCGCACUCCCCAAAAACAAAGCCAUCUACAACAUCGACCGUCCCGACCUCAUCUCCUACUCACCUUACAUCAGCCACUCCUCGGCAGACAGGCAGAGCUACGGCGAGGGGGACCAGGAUGACAGGUCCUACAAGCAGGGCCGGCCCUCCAGCCCCAGCUCCACCGGCUCGGUCAGCCUGGGUCGCUGCACCCCAACCUCGCGCUCACCACAGCACUACAGUGGUCCAGCUGGUACUGUGAGUGUGGGUACCAGCAGCUGCCUCUCCCUGUCCCAACACCCAAGCCCUACCUCCGUGUUCCGACAUCAUUACAUCCCCUACUUCCGAGGCAGUGAAAGUGGCCGGAGUACGCCCAGCCUCUCGAUGCUGUCCGACAGCAGGCCCCCCUCCUCCACCUACCAGCAGGCGCCACGCCACUUCCACAUCCCAGACUCUGGCAUGAGAGAUAACAUCUAUAGGAGGCCCCCCAUCUACAAGCAGCAUGCCUCAAGGCACUGGGAUGGGGAGGACGGCAGCUUUGACCAGGACAGCAGGAAGAAGACCAGCUGGCUGCUGCUCAAGGGAGACUCGGACACGAGAACCAACUCACCGGACCUGGACAGCCAGUCCUUGUCCCACGGCAGCGGCCCUGAGCGAGAGCCCAUCCCGAGGAUGCCCGGGGACCAUUUCUGCUCACGUUUCGCCUAUUCCAAAUCUGACUGUCUCCCAGGAGAUGGAAGGAAUGGCUUGGACCAGAGGAAUGCCAAUCUGGCCCCUUGUGGAGCAGACCUGGAUUCCAGCUGGGGCACACGAGAGUACAAGGUCUACCCUUAUGACGCCCUCAUCGUCACCAACCGAAUCCGCGUGAAGCUGCCCAAGGACGUGGACCGGACGAGACUGGAGAGACACCUGUCGCCUGAGCAGUUCCAGGAGGUGUUUGGCAUGAAUGCCGAGGAGUUUGAGCGCCUGGCGCUGUGGAAGAGGAAUGACCUCAAGAAGAAGGCCCUGCUCUUCUGACGGCCCUGCUGGGUGUGCCACGUACAAACCAAGCUCUGGGCAGGCCUCUCCUGCACCCAUGUCAGUGGGGGUGGGCAGCGGGCGCCCGAGGGAAGCUGUGCCAGGGCCUUGGUCUAUAGGAGGUCUCCCAGCAGGUGCAGUGAUGCGCGUUCCCACCGUAGUUUAGGGCUGCCACCCCUCGCUUGCCGCCACCCCUCCCCUGCCAUGGCUUAUGGCCAGGGAGGAGUUUGGGCAGACCUUUGCCAGUAUCCUCAGAGUCGCCCAGGCCCCGGAGACAGAGACAGCAGGGAUGGCGCUGUGGCAGUCUCCCGUGGGUAGGUAGGUGGCUGGGCAACUGCUGCUGCCAGCUGGGUCUGGGCUGGUCUCUAAGGAUGGCUUCUGCCCCAGCAGUGCCCUUCAUGCGCUGUGUCCUUCCUCCAACUCACCCACUAGCUGCCUAAACAUUGUCUUUACACAACACA